AUGGCGUCUAUCUUGCACUCGGGCCCGGCAUCAGCCAUGCGAAAGCAGGCCUCGGCCAUUCCCCUUCGCGUCAACUCCGUGGCUUCCGUUCAGACAUGUAGUUCAUUUUCCACAUUAUGCCCUCAGGCAAGGUUGCAAUCUUCACAUCGCCCUCAAUCAUUCCUCCCUACUCUCCCCACCCGCCAAAGCCGUACAUUCUUCGCCCACAUCGGCCGUCGAGCCCAAGCCCUGAAAGAACAAUCAGCGGCUCCAUCGGCACCCCCAACCCCAGGCAAACCAGCCAAGAAAACGACACCAACUCUGCAGCUCACCAACCUCCCCUACUUCGUCCGCCGCACUGCCUCCAACCAGCUGCCUGUCUAUCUCGUCACAAAGGCCGGCGGUACCAAGCAACUGACCAAGAUUCAGAAGACCGAAGGCGAUUUGGACGCGCUGCGCAACGACCUGGCUUGUGCCUUGGGUGUUGUCGACGGCAACAAGCCCAAUCCCGACGUUACUUUGAACCGACUCACCGGCCACAUCAUUGUCAAGGGCUGGCGGAAACCUGAGAUCGUGAACUUCCUCCAGGAGCGGAAAUUCUGA